AUGUUUUCCAAGCUUGCAUUUCACGUAUUGUUUGUGUGCUGGAUCAGAGUGGUUUUGGCUGGCAUCUCCAGCCAUCAAGUCCUCGAGAAGCUAGAAGAUGCUCCCUUUGGCUGGCUCAAGGGCGACAAGCCAUCGCCUCUGGCUCUGAUCAAAUUUCGGCUUGCAAUUAAUUCACCAGAUACCCUUGCGAUAUUCGAGCAAAUCGUGAUUGACAUUUCCACACCAGGACAUCCUAGUUAUGGCCAGCACAUGAAGCGCGAACAAGUGAGACAAUUGCUACGUCCUUCUCCCGUCGUGACGAAUCAGAUUCUUUCCUGGUUGAACUCAGAAAAUAUCUCCCCGGACUCUAUUGAAUUGGACGGGAACUGGCUCACCUUCGAAGCUGCCGUCUUUCAAGCAGAGCGCAUGCUGGAAACAGAAUUCUUUUCGUACAAGAACAAGGACGGUGAUAGCACGAUAGUCAGAGCUCUUGAAUAUUCAGUACCAAGUGAACUUCGUGAUUAUAUCCAGUUGAUCCAGCCAACGACGCGAUUUUGGGAGUUCAGUCCCCUGCGUGGCUUGAGCGAUGAGCCACAUGUUGUCGCCACGACAGAAGACAUAUCUGCAGGAUGUGGAACAGUAGUUACACCCAGUUGUUUGCGAGAUCUUUACGGCCUUUAUAACACGACGUCAACACCCGAUCCUCGAAAUCGACUAGGUAUAGCCGGAUUUUUGGAGCAGUAUGCUCGUCACAGCGACUUUCUUCAUUUCAUGCAAUUAUACGCAUCCGAUCAGACGGAUGCAAAUUUCACUGUGGUUUCUAUCAAUGGUGGCCAAAACGACGAAAAUUCCACCAAGAAUAGCGUUGAGGCCAGCCUGGAUCUUCAGUACUCCAUUUCGCUGGCGUACCGCGCAUUGGUGACCUUUUACACCACUGGUGGCCGAGGGCCCGUCAUUCCUGAUGGUGAAUCAACAGGCCCCUCAACAAAUGAGCCAUACCUCGAGCAGCUUCACUAUCUCAUUAGCCUCCCGGACGAGGACCUCCCAGCCGUUAUAACCAUGUCAUACGGCGAGCCGGAGCAAAGCGUCCCGAAAUCAUAUGCCACAGCCAGCUGCAAUCUCUUUGCUCAGCUAGGUGCCAGAGGCGUCACGGUCAUCUUCAGUAGUGGUGACGCUGGACCUGGAGGUUCAUGCGAAAGUAAUGAUGGAAGCUACCGAGCCAAGUUCAUUCCCGGUUGGCCGGCAUCCUGCCCAUUCGUUACAUCUGUCGGUGGGACUUUCGGGAGCUCACCUGAGCAUGCGGUUAGCUUUUCUGGGGGUGGAUUCUCAGAUUAUUUUGAUCGACCAUCAUAUCAAGAAUCUCUUGUCCAAACUUUUCUGACCAAAAACGGUGACCAAUGGCAAGGACUGUUCAAUGCUACUGGUAGAGGUAUCCCCGACAUUUCAGCCCAAGCAAGCCGUUUUAUGGUCAGAGAUCAUGGUGUGUAUUUAACUGUCGGGGGAACAAGCGCGUCUGCACCUGUGAUUGCCGGUAUAGUAUCUCAGUUGAAUGCAAUUCGCUUGACACAGGGAAAACCGCGAUUAGGAUUCCUCAACCCCUGGCUGUAUACAACAGGGCUAGAUGGGUUGACGGAUAUCGUGGAUGGGGCGUCGCAAGGUUGCGCGGCAUCUCCCGUACACAAUGCUGGUUGGAAUGCGACGAUUGGGUGGGAUCCGGCGACUGGGUUGGGUACACCGUUCUUCCCAACACUAGAAAAAUUGGUAUUACUCUGA